UUUUAUAGUGAAUUUAUAAUGUAAAAGUCUUGCAGCAGAUGAAAGUACUGAAAUAACAUUCGUUUUCAGGCAGCGCGAGGUAAACGUGACCCUAGCAUAGUUCAUUUUGAAAUAUCUGUGCCAUCACUGCAGUCAUGUUACUUUAAUUUUCUUCUUGAGGGUGAACCGAGAUAUCGUAUUUACUGUUAUAAUUCGUAGUGCCGAUACAAAAUGUCUUGGUAAAUGCUCUUUAGAGCGGAGGCACAGCGUACACAUAAUGUGUUGAGUCCAGGUGUGUUUUGGAAGAGUAAUGGAUGGGCAUCCUGCGGAGAUGAAUAUGCCACAAUCAUCAUCAAGUAUUGAAGUAAAGGAUGAUAUGGAUACCAGAAGUGAAAGUGAGAAUCAGCCAGCAGGAGAUGCUUUGGUGGACAUCAGCUUUUGUGGAUCCACUCCUCUGUUGUGGAAGGUCUCGGACAUGAAACGGUGCAGGUCUGUGGGUGUGACCGGGGCUCUGGUGGGCUCUCUGGCCCGUCAGCCUCGGCAGAACGUGCGGCUGGGACGACCUCUGGAGCUCCUGCAGGAGGAGGCGCUGCUGCUGGAGGAGACGAGCACUGGUGUCGCUUCACUGCACACUCAGGAUUGUGGAGAUGAAGAGAUGCAUUCAGCGGCUGUGAGGCAGUAUGAGGCAGGUCUGGAGAGCAGUUAUAAGGAACAGUGUGCUCUGGCCCUGGAGGACAAGAAGACCGUGCUGAAGAAAAUCAUCAAUGAGAAAGAGAAUGCCACAGAUGACUCCGGCAAUGCAAUUAGAGACCGUCUUAAUGCAUUGGACCAGGCUUUCCGCUUUCCGUGGCCGGCCAUGGCGGUCCAGCUCUGUACUGCCCGUGCCGGCUUCAGCCACUGUCCAGAGGAACGCAGUUUCCUUUCCACUGAUUGGCCAGUGCCUAGAGAUGAACGCUUGAACACUAGAUUCUGUGUAUACAGGGAUCUGAGAAAUAAAGGCUUCUACCUGACCUCCGCAGGGAAGUUUGGAGGAGAUUUCCUGGUAUAUCCAGGUGAUCCUCUGCGUUUCCAUGCUCAUUUCAUUGCAUUAUGCAUUUCCAUGGAUGAAGAGCUACCUCUCUGUGAUAUUCUAGCUAUAGCUCGUCUGGGCUCUAAUGUGAAGAAAACAGUGUUGCUUUGCUCUCCGCAGAGCCGGAGUGAGACUGGGAAGGAUGAGAGUGUGGAGUGUGAUGUGGUGUAUUCAUCGCUGCAGUGGAGUUCUAUGGUGUAACUACACAAAUAUAGCUUUUUUUUUCAUCUAUUUUUUAUAGUUUAUAGAUGAUGUGGUGCUAUUGGAAACUCGGCGUGCCUUCUGGUGUGUGUGUGUGUGUGUGAGAGAGAGAAAUUCUAAUGACUGAAUUCUGCUGGACUACUAAAUGUGCAUGACCAGCUAUGCAGAGGGAGGAUAUUCCAAUAUCAUCUAAUAAAUAUCUUUAAAAUGAAA